AUGGCCGAGCGGGGCCGCCUGGGCCUGGCCGGCGCGCCCGCCGCGCUCAACACGCCGGUGCCCAUGAACCUGUUCGCCACCUGGGAGGUGGACGGCUCCAGCCCCAGCUGCGUGCCCAGGUUGUGCAGCCUGACCUUGAAGAAGCUGGUGGUCUUCAAGGAGCUGGAGAAGGAGCUCAUCUCGGUGGUGAUUGCUGUCAAGAUGCAGGGCUCCAAGCGGAUCCUGCGGUCCCACGAGAUCGUGCUGCCCCCCAGUGGACAAGUGGAAACUGACCUGGCGCUGACGUUCUCCCUGCAGUACCCCCACUUCUUGAAAAGAGAAGGCAACAAGCUUCAGAUCAUGUUGCAGCGAAGAAAGCGGUACAAGAACCGGACGAUCCUGGGCUACAAAACGCUGGCGGCUGGCUCCAUCAACAUGGCCGAGGUGCUGCAGCACCCCUGCGAGGGCGGCCAGGUGCUGAGCCUUUGCAGCAACAUCAAGGAGGCCGCGGUCAAGGUGGCCGAGAUCUGGAUCUUCGCCCUGUCCAGCCAGCCUAUCGACCACGAGGACAGCACCAUGCAGGCCGGCCCCAAGGCCAAGUCCACCGAUAACUACUCCGAGGAGGAGUACGAGAGCUUCUCCUCUGAGCAGGAAGCCAGCGACGACGCCGUGCAGGGGCAGGAUUUGGACGAGGAUGACUUCGACGUGGGGAAGCCCAAGAAGCAACGGCGAUCGAUAGUAAGAACGACGUCCAUGACCAGGCAACAAAACUUCAAGCAGAAGGUCGUGGCCCUGCUGCGGAGAUUUAAAGUUUCCGAUGAGGUCCUGGACUCGGAGCAGGACCCUGCAGAGCAUGUCCCCGAGGUGGAGGAGGACCUGGACCUUCUGUACGACACGCUGGACAUGGAGAACCCCAGUGACAGCGGCCCCGACAUGGAGGACGAUGACAGCGUCCUCAGCACCCCCAAGCCAAAGCUCAGGCCGUACUUCGAAGGCCUGUCCCACUCCAGCUCGCAGACAGAGAUCGGGAGCAUCCACAGUGCCCGGAGCCAGAAGGAGCCUCCGAGUCCGGCCGACGUGCCCGAGAAGAUGCGGGCCCUCGGAGGGAAGCAGCCAAGUGACAGCAUCUCCGAUUCCGUGGCCCACAGCGCACCCGCCCCGGGGGAGCAGCCAGCCCAGCCCGAGGACAGCCCGGAGGUGGAGACCUCUGCCCUGGACCUGUUCACCGAGAAGCUGCCACCCAGCGGGCGGAUCACCAAGACAGAGUCUCUGGUCAUUCCCUCCACCAGGGCCGAGGGGAAGCAGGCCGGCCGCCGGGGCCGGAGCACGUCGCUGAAGGAGCGGCAGCCGGCGCGUCCGCAGAAUGAGCGGGCCAACAGCCUGGACAACGAGCGUUGCCCGGACACUCGGAGCCAGCUGCAGCGGGCACUGUGUCUUCAGAUCCCCAGGAAGACUGUGUAUGACCAGUUAAACCACAUCCUCAUCUCCGAUGACCAGCUCCCCGAAAACAUCAUUCUUGUCAACACCUCGGACUGGCAGGGGCAGUUCCUCUCAGACGUCCUGCAGCGGCACACGCUCCCCGUGGUGUGCACGUGCUCUGCUGCCGACGUCCAGGCGGCCUUCAGCACCAUCGUCUCUCGGAUACAGAGAUACUGCAACUGCAAUUCCCAGCCCCCGACCCCCGUGAAGAUCGCCGUGGCGGGAGCGCAGCAUUACCUCAGCGCCAUUCUGCGGCUCUUCGUGGAGCAGCUGUCUCACAAGACCCCCGACUGGCUGGGCUACAUGCGCUUCCUCGUCAUCCCGCUGGGCUCCCACCCGGUGGCCAGAUACCUGGGCUCCGUGGACUACCGGUACAACAACUUUUUCCAGGAUCUGACCUGGAGAGACCUGUUCAACAAGCUGGAGGCCCAGAGCGCCGUGCAGGACACGCCGGACAUUGUGUCGAGGAUCACGCAGUACAUCUCGGGGGCCAACUGCGCCCACCAGCUGCCCAUCGCAGAGGCCAUGCUGACCUACAAGCAGAAGAGGAGAAAGAACUUUCAUUUUGACUUUACCCUCAGCCCCGACGAAGAGUCCUCUCAGAAGUUCAUUCCCUUCGUAGGGGUGGUGAAGGUUGGAAUAGUGGAGCCGUCUUCGGCCACUUCAGGUGACUCAGAUGACGCGGCCCCCUCGGGCUCCAGCGCACUCUCGUCCACCCCGCCGUCCACAUCUCCCGCGGCCAAGGAGGCCUCACCCACCCCGCCCUCCUCCCCGUCGGUGAGCGGGGGCCUGUCCUCCCCCAGCCAGGGCGUCGGCGCCGAGCUGAUGGGGCUGCAGGUGGAUUACUGGACGGCAGCCCAGGCCGCAGACAGGAAGAGGGACGCGGAGAGGAGGGAGCCGCCCGCCGCCAAGAGCACGCUCAAGUGCGCCUUCCGGUCCCUGCAGGUCAGCAGGCUGCCCGGCCGCGGCGAGGCCGCGGCCCCGCCCACCAUGUCCAUGACCGUGGUCACCAAGGAGAAGAACAAGAAGGUGAUGUUUUUGCCCAAGAAAACCAAGGACAAGGAUGUAGAGUCCAAAAGCCAGUGCAUUGAGGGUAUCAGCCGUCUCAUCUGCACCGCCAAGCACCAGCAGAACAUGCUGCGGGUCCUCAUCGACGGUGUGGAGUGGAACGACGUCAAGUUCUUCCAGCUGGCGGCCCAGUGGUCCUCCCACGUCAAGCACUUCCCCAUCUGCAUCUUCGGACACUCCAAGUCCACCUUUUAG